AUGCGUUCUGCCAUUAUUCUCGCUGUUGGCGUGGCUGUUGCCGCUGCUACCCACCCUGCUCUCGAGCGCCUCGACAAGCGCGACGAGAAAGAGUGCGCAUCUGUCGCCCAGGAGAUUCUUCCUGGCUUGACAGACAUCCCUAGCCCUACCGGAGCCCUCGAGAGCUUCCUCGCCACUCAGACCCAGUUCAACUCCAUGGCCGACUCAUGCGAGUUCCCCGCCGUGACCGGGUCUCUGGCCUCUGAGUACACCGCCUACGCCUCCAAGCUCGGCUCCUGGUACAACGACCAGAUAGAGGGACUCUCUUCCCUCGAGAAAGCCUGCUCUGAUGUCCCCGAGGUGAUGUCCGAGAUUGACUCGGUCAAGAAGACUGGCACUAUUUGCGAUAAGAUCUCGUGGGCCAAGGAGACUGGAUCAUCUUCUAGCAAGGACGAUGAGAAGAAGGAUGACAAUGCUGCCGGCUCCAACUCUAUCCAGGCUGGGAUUGUUGUUGCUAUCGCAGGCAUUGCUGGUGUUAUGAUGCUUUAA